UAUGAUACAUAAUAGCAACAUUUUUGGUCAGGAUUAAAUCACUGUCCUAAAAAGUGACAGGUGACAGGUUGGACAUCGCAUGACAGGGAUAAAGACGUCCAACUGAAUCAGAUGACUGUCACCAUUUUGUGUUCUGACCUUUCUCUAAUGUGAUAUUCCUCAGAUUUAUCUUUUAUUUACAACAGUAUUGAAGCACAGCAAUGCUUCUCUGUUGUGUUAAAAUGUUUUUUUUUCUCUCAUUACUGGACUGAAGCAGCAGCACAUGUGUUCCCACACAUCUUGUCUCUCAGGGAUAAGACAACUCAGCAUGGAGUUCAAGCCACUCCUGAAAAAGUUGGGGUCCACGCUUCGAGCCAUCCUCACCUUCAUCUUCGCUCUGGUGGUCCUGGCGGUGAUGGUCUGGGCGUACGUGGCUGGGUUCCAGCUGGUCACCUCUGCCUAUGGAAUCAUCUCCUUUGGCUUUUACGGACUCCUCCUUGCGCUGCACGUGCUGAUCCAGAGCCUGUUUGCCUUCAUUGAGCACCGGCGGAUGAAAGCUCGCACGGAGGCCUGCAGCUUCACCAAGACCAUUGGCUUCACCAUCUCGGCCUACCAGGAGGACCCAGUCUACCUCCGGGAGUGCCUCAACUCCAUCCGAGCGCUCAAGUACCCUCCGGAGCUGCUGCGCAUCAUCAUGGUGGUGGAUGGGAACUCGGAGGACGAUCGGUACAUGAUGGAGAUGUUCAGGGAGGUCUUCAGCGACCAGGACCCUGGAUGCUUCGUGUGGGACAACAACUACCACACGUGGGACCCCACCCAGGUGCAGCAGGACGCAGAGGCCUCCCCAGGAAAAGAACCCUCUGACUACACUGAGGGAGAAGAUCCACAGCGGAGAGAGGUGGAGCGUCUCAUUCAGACCCAGAGGUGCGUGUGCAUCAUGCAGAAGUGGGGCGGGAAGCGGGAGGUGAUGUACACCGCCUUCAAAGCUCUGGGCUCGUCCGUCGACUACAUUCAGGUGUGCGACUCGGACACCAAGCUGGACCCUCUGGCUACGGUGGAGCUGUGCAAGGUGCUGGAGAGCAACUCCAAGUAUGGUGCCGUUGGAGGCGACGUGAUGAUCCUCAACCUGAAAGACUCAUACGUCAGCUUCAUGAGCAGUCUGCGCUACUGGAUGGCCUUCAACAUCGAGCGCUCCUGCCAGUCCUUCUUCAACUGUGUGUCCUGCAUCAGUGGUCCUCUCGGUUUGUACCGAAACGACCUGCUCCAGCAGUUCCUAGAGUCCUGGUAUAAUCAGAAGUUCUUGGGCUCUCACUGCACGUUUGGGGACGACCGGCACCUCACCAACCGCAUGCUGAGCAUGGGCUACGCCACCAAGUAUACGGCUCGCUCCAAAUGCUACACUGAGACGCCGGCUCAGUUCCUGCGCUGGCUCAACCAACAGACCCGCUGGACCAAGUCCUACUUCCGUGAAUGGCUCUACAAUGCCAUGUGGUGGCACAAGCACCAUCUGUGGAUGACGUACGAGUCCAUCGUCUCGGGCGUCUUCCCGUUCUUCGUGACUGCCACCAUCAUCCAGCUCUUCUGGACAGGCACCUUGUGGGACAUCCUCUGGGUUCUGUGCUGCAUCCAGCUGAUCGGGCUGCUGAAAGCCGCCUACGCCUGCAUCCUGCGCCAAAACGUCGUCAUGGUGUUCAUGUCUCUCUACUCCGCCCUGUACAUGACCAGCCUCCUGCCGGCCAAGUACUUCGCCAUCCUCACCAUGACCAAGAGCAGCUGGGGGACAUCAGGCAGGAAGAAGAUCGUCGGCAACUACAUGCCGCUCUUGCCGCUGUCGGUGUGGGCCGCCAUUUUGCUUGGUGGGUUUUGCUACACCAUCUACAAGGAGAGUCGUGUAGACUGGACCACACCAGCCAAGCAGAUGGAGAUCAGGUUUCUGGUGUUCGGGUUCGCGGCGUAUGUGUGUUACUGGAUGGUCAUGCUGCUCCUCUACUGGUUGUGGUUCCUCAGGAUAUGUAGGAAGCGCUCAGGAAGCUACUCGGUGACCGUGUGAGCACGUGGGCUUGGGCUUCCUUAACUGGAGUCCUGCGCAGCAGACGGUGAGGGAGUGCUGACAUGGUGAAUCACUGGAAAGAGCAGAGCAGGGGGAGAAAUGCAGGUGAGGAAUCAACCAACUGAGUCAACAAAUUGGAGAAGCUUCCAUCCAACACAACUUAAAAACAGUGGCAACCCAAGGGUAAACAAAAUGUUCUGGCAGCUAAAGGAACCACCAGAACCGUCAGACCCGUUUGAUAAGGGCACUACAUCUGCAGGUCACCUAGUUAGUUUCUUACAUUGAGGUUUGAUUCUGAUAGUUCAUGCACUU